AUGCGACUCAAGACCCUUCUCCCCGUCACUCUCCUCGCCGCCGGCGCAACAGCGCAGCAGGUCGUACGCGAGACCAUCGAGGGAUACGUCUUCGAGCACUCGGGCCCGGUAGAUGCGGCCCCUCAGUCCACCUACGAGAUCCGGGGCCUCAAGACCGCCAACGAGCUCCUCAAGACCCGCAUGGGGCUCGACCCCGCGACGUCAGACGACCUAGCCGAGCUGAGGACCGAGAACAGGCGCCUCAAGGCCGAGUUCGACGCUGACGGCUUCCUGGAGCUCCUGGCGCCCGACAUUGCCGCUGCCGACGCCUUCUGGCAGGACGUGAUCCAGAACUCGACUUCGGGCAGCUGGAUACCGGCUGACGCUAGGGGCACUGCUUUCUUGCCGAACUUGACGGCCCUGGCGUUCGCCGCGUGGUCUCAGUCACCACUUGCCGACGAGAGCAACAAUGACGCGAACGGGGAGCACUACUUCAAGCGUAGCGUCACCACGGGGCAGGGCAAGCUCUCCUCGAUCUUGGAAGGAUGGGGCGGCGUGACGACGCUGUUCACCAUCCCAGACUACGCCACUCCCCCGAACAGGGUCCAGUUCCCGUUCCUGCGGCUCCUGCCCGAGUUCCCCUUCCAGGCGGCGGGCAGCAAGGUCCUCGAGGACAAGAGCGAGGACCCCCUGUUUGGGGUGCUGCACAUCUCGGUGCGGGAUGUUGUCGGGGAGGCGGGCGAACACGGUAUCGAAAUCUACUCGACCGUCUGGUAUGGCGAUGCUGCUGAGGACUCAUUCCUCGAGGCAGAGAGGCAGCACAUGGUUACUGAGAUCAUCAACCUAUCGAUUAAGGCACAGAAGGAUGUCGAGAGCGGCAGGUUCACUGUGCCUUCCGUGUGA